AUGGAGAAGGAAUUUUUGUAUGAAAUUUUAGAUUCAACAAAAGAUGUUGAUCAAUAUGUAUACAACGUGAUAAUUGAUAUGUUAAAAAGGGAGAAAAUUUCAGAUUGUAUAGAAUUUCUAGAAAAAGUUUAGAAUCAUUAGAAUUAUGAAUAAUUUUUUGUUUUAGUUUAAAAUUUAGCAUGCUCUGAUAAGCAAUAGUGGUUAAAUGUAGUAAAUAGUAAUUUAAAGAGAAUUACUGUCAUAAUCAAAAAAAUUAUUGAACAUGACUUUAAUAAAAAUAAUUAUUCAACGAGAAUCUAUACUGAAAGUAGAGAUUUAAUAAUUAAAAAAAUAUCAGGAGAAAAGAAAGUAGCUGAAUUUUUGAAAUUUUUAGUUCGACUUACAGCUUUUGAUAAUAAAUUUCUUUAAUGUGGAUCAAAUUCACUUAAUUUAUUAGUUAAUAUGAAUGUAGAUUUGAGAGAAUAAUGUUUUGAAAACAUUUAGAUUCAAAAUACUUCUUUGAUUGGAGCUAAUUUUUACAAAUGUGAUUUGGGAGGAUCUUAAUUUCAUAAUGUUGAUAUAAGUGGAAUAAAUUUAAAUAAGGCUUAUCUAUGUAAUUGUAAAUGGAAUAAUUUAAAAAUACAUGAAUUAUCUAAAUUAGAUUGUCACAGUAGUAUCUUUUCCGUAUCCUUUUCGCCUGAUGGUAAUACUUUAGCCUCUUGUGGUUAUGAUAAAUCUAUUCAUUUAUGGAAUGUUAAGACAGGAAAAAAAAUAUCUCAAUUAAAAGGUCAUUAUAGUAGCGUUUAAUCAAUAAACUUCUCGUCUGAUGGAUCUACAUUAGUAUCUAGUACAGAUAAGUUUAUCUAUUUAUGGAAUUUCUAAAUUGGAAAAAAAAUAACUAAAUUAUAAGGUCAUAACGGUAGUGUUUAAUCAGUAUGUUUCUCACCUGAUUGUUCUACAUUAGUAUCUAGUAGUUUUGAUUAGACAAUCCGAUUAUGGGAUGUUAAGACAAGAGAACAAAAAUCUAAAUUCGCUGGUAAUAAUGGAACUACCUAUUCAGCAUGUUUUUCACCAGAUGGUACUACAUUAGCGUAUGGUGGGGUAGAUAACUCUAUUCGAUUAUUUGAUAUUAAAUCAGGACGAUAAACUUGUAAAUUAGAUGGUCAUAUGAAUAUUGUCCAUUCAGUAUGCUAUUCUCCUGAUGGCACUACAUUAGCAUCAGGUAGCUUUGAUUAUACAAUCCGAUUAUGGGAUGUUAAGACAGGAGAAAAAAAAUAUAAAUUAGAUGGUCAUAUUGAUUGGGUCAAUUCAGUAAAAUUCUCACCUGAUGGUACUACAUUAGCAUCAUGUGGUAAAGAUAAAUCUAUCCGUUUAUGGGAUAUUAAGACAGGAUUACAAAAAUUUAAAUUAGAUGGUCAUUUUGAUUGGGUAAACUCAAUAUGUUUUUCACCUGAUGGAGCUCGAUUAGCAUCUGGUAGUUCAGAUAAGUCUAUCCGCUUAUGGGAUAUUAAUAUAGGUCUACAAAAUUCUAAUUUAGAUGGUCAUAAUAAGUAGGUUAACUCUUUAUGCUUCUCACCUGAUGGUGCUGUAUUAGCAUCUGGUAGUUUUGAUAACUCUAUCCGUUUAUGGGAUAGUAAAACAGGAAAAUAAAUAUUUAGAAUAGAUAAUCAUACUGAAAGGGUUAAUUCAAUAUGUUAUUCCCCUGAUGGUACUACAUUAGCAUCUGGUAGUGGAGAUAAGUCUAUCCGUUUAUGGGAUGUUAAGACAGGACAUCAAAAAUAUAUAUUAAAUGGCCAUCAUAAUGGAGUCCUAUCUGUAUGUUUCUCACCCAAUGGUAUGACAUUAGCAUCAGGUAGCGCAGAUAAGUCUAUCUGUUUAUGGGAUGUUAAUACAGGAUAAAAAAAAUUUUAAUUAGUGGGUCAUAUUGAUUGGGUUAAUUCAGUGAAAUACUCACCUGAUGGCAUGAUAUUAGCAUCUGGUAGUAGAGAUAACUCAAUCAUUUUAUGGAAUGUUAACAAAGGACUAAAACAUUCUAAUUUAGAUGGUCAUUAUUAAUGGGUAAAUUCAGUAUGCUUUUCACCUGAUGGCACAAUUAUAGCAUCAGGUAGUCAAGAUUGCUCUAUCCGUAUUUGGGAUAUUAAAACAGGAAAACAAAAAUCUAAACUGAAUGGCCAUCGUAACUAUGUCAAUUCAAUAUGUUUUUCACCUGAAGGGGCUACUUUAGUAUCUGGGAGUGCAGAUAACUCUAUCCGGUUAUGGGUUAUUGAAACAGGACAAGAAAAAUCUAAAUUAGAUGGUCAUUACAAUUGGGUUAAUUCAGUAUGCUUCUCACCUGAUGGUACUACAUUAGCAUCUUGCAGUACAGAUUAUUCGAUCCGUUUAUGGAAUUUUAAAACAGGUACAAAAAUAUUUAAAUAAAAGAUCAUUUAUAUAAUAGUCUUUAAUUAGAAUUUAUCUCAAAUGAUAAUAAUAAACUAUCUUCGAGUUGUUAAGAUUAGUUUACAUGUUUAAGUGAUGUUCAAAGAGAACCUUAAGGCAAGAGUUAUUCAGAUAAUAAUCAAAAAUCAUUAAUAACACUUCAAAAUAAUACCUUUUUUGAUCCAGGUUGUAAUAAUUGUAAUUGUUUAGAUAAUUCAAUUGUUACAAUUAUGCUCAUCUCCUAAUAUCCAACUUUAUAAGCAUAAGGGGCAAAAAUUAUAGAAGGUGAAUUUGUAACCCAUUAAGAUGUUAAUUUAAAAUCAUUAUUUAUAUCAAAAGGAAGUUACAUAUUGGAAGGCUAAUUAAUUGCCCAAUAAAAUGCAAUUCAACAUUGA